GGCUCAAGCCAUUUCUGGCCCAGGGCCCCCGCCCUCGGCUCUCGGGAAGGCGAGGCCUCUUUCCCGAGCACCGCCUGCGACGGCAUGUCUGGCCCCUCGGCCCGCCCGCGCUUGCAGGCCGCACCAGCACGGGGCACUGCUCCAGGGGCAGGCGGUGCCCGCUGCUGCACGCCCUGCCCCCGGUGCCGAGGCUGCCCGCGCUGGGCGCCGCGCCGGCGCACGCCCAGGCCAGCCUCACGGAGACGCCCGACGACACCAGCGAGGGCUCGUCCACGGACAGCGGCGGGGAGGACUGGACGUCGGGCGACGGCGGCCGCAGCUGGGCCGACGUGUCCAAUCAAAGACUCAGCUGUACGAUAUCAAGCUCUCUCGAUGUGCUCUGAGUGCUCCAGUCGAGGGAUCUCUCUCUCGACACCCUGUGCCUUGGCCAAGGACGCAUGCGGGCGGAGGACAGGACGUCUGGCUUCAGCAGCCGCAGCUGGGCGGGCGUGUCCGAGGACCUGUGGGCCGUCCAGCGAGCUGGGCCGCCAGACCGCUGGCAUGCAGCCCGGGCCCCCCCGUGCCCUGUCCGCCCGGGCCGGCUCAUGCGGCGAUGAGUCUCCAUCCUUCCUUGAACGCCUCUCUAACACCCCCGGCUUCAUCCCCAGCGAGGUCGGCAGCACAUGUUCUGCCCCAACCUUCUGCGCGCAUCAGCAGGGCCCCCGCUGGCGCCUAUUUCCUUUCUCCUCCUGCUCCCCCUUCUUCUCAUCAUCCCCCUCUCUCUGUCUCCCUUCCUCAUCCACCUUACCCCUCUUCG